GUCCACUAACAUCCCACCUUAUCACAUAUCUCGGUUGCAGAACCCAACUUCUUUCCUCUGACGAUUCCACAAGACCCAUUGGCGUCUUCGAUCGUACCUUGGUCCUAGUCCUAGGUUGUCGCCGUCAUCGAUUUCCACCAAAGAUGUCGAUUGAAAAUGGCGUCCGGAGGACAUGGCAAAACAGUCAAGGGAGGCGCCCUUGAGGAGAGCUUCACCGAGGAUGUCCAAACCCAGCCCGGCUCAGCACCGCCUCCGUCCACUCUAGCCGCGGAGCUUGUCGAAGGCCUCCCGAACAAAUCUCGACGCACGAAACCCGACGAGAUCACCGAGAUCAAGCGAUUGUGCACCAUUAUCGAGAAGGAAAAAGACAAGGCCGGUUCGGAUCUGGAAAAAACACACGAAGAACGACUUGCGUACAAUCACAUCCUCUUCUAUGUCUGCGCCGGACCUGUUCUUGAUGUCGUCAAAACCGAUGACCCGUUCGCGGAUUUCGCCCGCUUGCAGCUUAAGGCCCAGAACACCAUUAGUCUUCUCAAGCUUGCCGUCCAGGAGACCCCGGAUGUGCUGAACCGGACUACUGAUGGGAAUGAGUUCUUCUUACGCGGCCCGGAACCGCUGUGGCUAUGGUUCCAGCCCAGGUUGCUCGCGCUUCUGGGUCGUGCUAAGCUGCUGGGUAUUACAUCUGCCAUUGAGGACUUCUUCCACCUUACUUUGCAAACCGUUGCUGAACAUGUGCCCCUCUGGGAUCUUGGCCCACUCUUGCUUCAGUAUUUUCAAGCAAGCUUGCGCGCCAUACUCGAGCAUUUCCAAUCGAGCCCGCUUGCCGACAUAAAGGCACGAAACUCUACCCUCGACAUUCAACUUCCGCCGGACACGUUUCUUCGAGCCCUGGACCUCGAUGAUGCAAAUACUCCCUCCAAGCUCUUCUAUACCAUUCGGGAUUCCGAACAUGCUAUCCGCCACGCCAUCAGCAUUUUCCACAUCCUCAAGACAUCCAUUCUGCCCGUGGGGGGUGCUGAGCCUCCGUUACUAUACCGCGAAAACAUUGCUUGGAUGAUGGAUUUGUUUCAGCCGCUUUUCUCUGUUUUAGUCGACUGGUCGACACAACUGAAGAUGAGUCUAGCGCCCUAUGUUCAGACAGCUAUUGACCUAGCAGAAGCCGCGGACGACACACUGCGCCCAAAAGCGGUAUCUGCCCUUGCGUUGAUAUGCGGCGAGGUAUUUGAUAGGUCCGAGCAAUAUCUUGGCGAAGACGAGUUUGGGCUGGCUAUGAGAAAGACCCUCUCUUUGGCUUUGCUCCAUCUCGUCAAGGAAGCAGAUAACCACAGGUCUUUGAUGCAGUUAAUCGAAUCCCGAGUUGUUAUUCCUGCCGUCAAUUUCACUACAGCUAACCUCCCUAAUUCAGAUUUAUGGAGAUCAGCCAUUUUCCUCCAGCAGGCAGUGUCUGCGGAGGCUUCUUCUUGCCAAGUUCUUGAAGAACUUAAUUCUAGUAAAUUCAUUGACGUCACCCUUCGCCAGCAAGUCGAACAGUUGGGCUUCGAUUCCGUUGUCGAGGACGCUGAACCAGCUCCUAAACGAAGGAAACUUGUGGAGCACCAAGCAAUAUCAGCCGACAUUGUCGAAGAAAUAUGCCGUGUUGCUAACCUGCCAAUCUCUGAAGACAUCUCGUCUCUAGAAGAUAGCCUAAUUGAUGCUUUUCCCAAGCUGACAGCACUUCGACAAUGCCGAGUCAUUGAGCUCAUUUCCUUUGUCCCGUGCGCUACCGAUAAUACACUGGGACUCGAAGAAGAUGGUUCGGACUCUUCGGCCCCCUCAUCGGCCUCUUUAGAAUGUUCCCAUUGCUCCAUAUUCGGAUAUUCAGCUUUUACGCAGGCAUGUGACGAUGUCGUUACAAAGACCACUGCCUACAAGAUCCUGGAGAAGCUUAUCAAGAGUCCCAGUUUCCGUGAGUCUAGGCGCCCUCGUGUGUACGCGAUGGUGCGUCUACAACGCAUGUUGCGGCAUACCGUCCUUCCUGAGUUCCGCGAUCUGGAACAGUCGGUACUUGGACAGUGGUGUGUGCAGUCACUACGCAGCUCUAUACGAGAGCUUCGUAUUGGUGCUGGUCGGGCACUUGCCGUCCUGUUAGACGAGCCGGAUGCUCCUGGAUUUGACCGUACUAUCGCCAGAUGGAACCGAAACAAUGUCCUUGAUAUUCUCAAGUUAAUCACCAACGAGGACGCUCUUCAUUUGCACGAAACAUGCAUACUGGCUUGGGGUCAAGCAGGAAGAGUUGUAUCUGCCGACCACCUUAACCUGAUUCUGAUCAAGCUCGUUGAGUAUCUGGGAUACAACAACUCCGUCGUGUCUGCUAUGGCUGUUAACGAAAUUCUCAACAUUGCAACCUAUCGUGGAAUAACGCCCUUGGAGCUAUUUGCGCCAUACUGGGAGAACAUGGCGGUUCUGGUGGUCAAGGACUUGGUUUCGGCACCGCAGACCACGAGGUUGGUUGCAGAAACUUUGCAGCUCAGCAUCCAAGAACUUCUUUGCCUGUUACAGAAACACGCUCUUCCAUGGUUGGUAUUGGCGAAGAACCUAGGUGUAGUCAAGAAAAUCGCCAAAGCCCGGGGUGAUGAGUCAACAUGGCGAUCAUGCACUGACAGCGUCAACUUCCCCUCGAUCGUUGCUCUUCUCUUGAUCCAGGAUGUCCCGGACGUCGAAGAACAUGCAAUGGCACUGCUCUGCGCGAUCUCCCCCAAAUUCAAGGAACUCAACCCCGAUGAGCUCAACCCCAAUGAGAAACGGCCGGCGUCUGUACGCGAUCAACUCGCCGAGAUCUUGGGAUCUGACCCGUUGGGAAUAUUAUUCGAGCUUUUCAAAGCCAGUGGCGGGGCUGACGAAAACAAAAAGGCACUAAUAGGCAAAGGUCUCAGUACCUUGGCAACUCUGAUCUCACCUACAAAAGAGAAGGGAGCCGAGCCACCGCAUAUCAUCGAGCGCUUCUUAGGAAAUUAUACACUCGGGCUGGUAGGGCGACUCAGUGAACGAAUAACAGAUAUCGAUGCUCCUAUCCCAGAUAGACGACGAUGCCUCAGAGCAAUGGAAGAAAUGAUCAGAGUUUGUCGAUCAUCUGUAUCAACCGCUCGGUCACAGAUAUCGGCAUGUUUACUUUCUGCACUAGGCUGCGACGAGCUUCGUUCUGAUGCCUUUUCGUGCUGGUCGGUCAUGCUUAUGAACAUGGACGAGACGGAUGUGCCAAACUUACUUGACACCACGCUCUGGGUGAUCACACAUCAUUGGACAUGCUUUGACGACAGUACCAAGCAACAGGCUCAAGAAGUCCUCGACGCCCUUUAUAAGACUAAUGGGCAUGAUCUCGUGAAGGCAACGGCCUCGAUGACGACUUUCAAUCAUCUCCCUGACUUGGCUGAACACCGCAAGCGUUUGGAUCUUCUGCCGGGGUCUGAAUUUACUCGUCAAGACCUUUUCCGCACGUUUCGCCGACGACUGAGACACGAGCAUCCAGGUGUUAUUGAACAAGCUUUGACCGAGCUCCUCGAGUUAUUGCGGCAACAUCAAGACUAUAUCCAAGCAUCCGCUCUCACUGAACAACCCAAAUCGUUCAUUCCGGGACUUACACGCUCCGUUCUUGAUUGUGCAGCCAAGUACAAUGGUUGGCAGCCUGGGAUCAUGCGCCUCUGCGCCGAAUGCAUGGGUAUCAUUGGGUGCCUUGACUCGAACCGCAUGGAGAGCAAUCGAGAACAGAAGCGGUUUGUCGUCAGUUACAACUUCUUGGAUGUUAAAGAAACAGCGGACUUUGUGUGUUUCAUGCUGGAGAACGUUCUCGUCAAGGCUUUCCUUUCAACUACAGACACGAAGUUCCUGAGCUUCCUUUCGUAUGCGAUGCAGGAGCUCCUGGCCAAAACGGGCAUCAAGAUCGCUUACCAAACUCAGGGACAGGGCCACCACGAGACAUUAUACAAGAGAUGGCGGAGUUUCAAUGAUAUAACCAAGGAGAUUUUAACGCCAUUUCUGACAUCCGAUUUUAUCGUUUCGUCUAGCAUGACUGGGCAGGACACCAAAUACCCGGUUUUCCACCCCCAGAAAUCAUAUGAGAGUUGGCUCAAAACGUUUGUUCUCGAUCUUCUUCGCAACCCACAGAACUCUAACAGUCAGAUUCUCUUUCCACCUCUCUGUCGACUUAUUAAGGUCCAGGAUCUUUGUGUCAGCGAGUUCCUGUUGCCUUACGUGGUGCUACACGCCGUUAUUGGGGGAGAGCACUCUUCCCAGAAACCAAAUGACACCCAGAUGCUCGAGGGUGAGGAUGGGCCAUCCACCGCCGAGGCCCGCGACGACAAGACAAACGGUUCGGAAUGGAGGGAGAAGGUAAUGGCUGAGCUUAAGACCAUUUUGGAGUAUCAACCACCGGAAACCGCCACACAUUCCGAGAAAGAGGAAGUCAAGCUUUGCUACGAGGCCGUGUUCCGGAUUCUUGACUACUUCAAAAACUGGCUACACGUCAAAAAGUCCCAGCCAGCACCUAAAGAGAAAGAUGCGAUGUGGUGUCCAUUGGUUGAGGAGGUGCUUUCUUCCCUUGAUCCGGAACUUGUUGCUCGACGAGCGAUCGACUGUGGGCAAUAUGCUCGCGCUCUUUUGUUCCUAGAGCCACACAUUGAAAGUCGCAGACACCAGGCUAUAGGUGACGAAGCAACUCGUCUCAUGCGAUCGGUGCACGACAUCUAUACCCAGAUCGACGAUCCUGAUGGGCUAGAUGGUAUAUCCGCGUGCAUGAAAGACCUUGGGUUUAAGGAGCAGGCUCUCAGCCAUCGUAAGGCCGGCCGAUGGACCGCUGCGCAGACCUGGUACGAGAUACAGCUGGCUGAAUCGCCGGAUGAUGUCAAUCUUCAGCUCGACCUCUUGACCUGCCUGGAGGAAUCAGGCCAGUAUGACAAUCUUCUGAGCUUUGCUGAAGGAAUCGAGAAAACACCAAGCAGUCUGGGUAAGGUAAUGCCUUUUGUUCUCGAGGCGUCGUGGGCAACGGGCAGAUGGCAGAUAAUGGAGAAGUAUCUACGGUCGUACACUGAGGGCGACGUAACCGAUAUCUUCAACCUCGGUAUCGCUGAUGCCCUGCUCUGUCUCAAGGAAGGUGACGGAGCAAGGUUCGAAGAACUUUUGCAGGCAAUGCGGGACAAGGUGGCCGGCUCCAUGACCUUUUCAGCGACAUCAUCGUUCAGAACCUGCCAUGACGUGAUGCUGAAGUGUCACGUUCUGGCGGAUCUUGAGAUGAUUGCCAAUGCGGAGCCAAUCGAGGGUGAAGGCCAUGAGCCUCUUAUGAAGGCUCUAGAACGUCGCUUGGAGGUACUCGGUGCCUAUGUCAGCGACAAGCAGUAUGUGCUUGGGGUAAGGAAAGCAGCGAUGGAACUAAUGAGGCCGAAAUUCGGAGACGAAGAGAUAUCCUCGUCAUGGCUGGCCACUGCUCGCUUGGCUAGAAAGUCUGGCUCGACUCAUCAGUCUUUCAACGCAGUGCUACGUGCGCAGCAGCUUGGAGAUAGCUCUGCAGUCAUAGAGUACGCCAAGCUGUUCUACAAGGACGGCCAGCACCGCAAGGCGAUCCAGCUAUUGCAACGCGCCAUCGACGACGACCUCUUCAACAACGAUAGCAUGAUGGUGAUAGAUACCCCGACAUCUAGUAAGAGCCAGGAGUCUCAUCGCAAUCUACUGAAAGCCAGAGCCCACUUGCUUCUUGCUAAGUGGCUCGAUUCAACCGGCCAAACUCACGCUGGCGCUUUACGCUCAAAGUUUCAAGAAGCUGCCAAAACCCACCCGCAAUGGGAGAAGGGACACUACUACCUUGGGCGUCACUACAAGAAGGUUUUGGAGUCCGAAAAGGCGCUCAGCCCGGAUGAUCAAAGCGACGCAUAUUUGACCGGCGAGACUGCCAAGUUGGUUAUAGAGAAUUAUCUGCGCUCACUCAACUUUGGGACAAAGUACGUGCACCAAACCUUGCCACGAAUUCUCACCCUAUGGCUCGAACUCGGGACUCAAGUCGAUGCACCGUCACUGGGCAGGGUGACCUUGUCCGCGGAGCUACAAUCACGUCGGAGGACCAUUCUCCAUGAGCUGUAUAAGCAUUUCAACAAGCAUCUACCCAAGAUGCCAGCUUACAUAUUCUACACGGCUUUGCCGCAAAUUGUGGCUAGAAUAGCCCAUCCGAACAACGAUGUAUUCAAGGUUCUGGAGCAGAUGAUCAUCAAGGUGGUGGAAGCACACCCCCGACAGGCUAUCUGGAGUCUUUUCUCCUUUAUGACCGGGCGCAUGAACAGCGCUAGACGACACAGAGGGCACAAAGUUCUGGACGACCUCAGAGCCAUCGAGAGAAAAGUCGAUAAGACGGGCUACGAUCUAAGGCAGUUGCUCAAAAUGGGCGAGAAGCUUGCCGAACAGCUCCUUUUGGCAUGCAACAAGGGAGAUUUCCAGAGCAAUAGGACGGUACGAGCGAGUAUCACGAGGGACUUGAACUUCAACCACAAAUGCACGCCGUGUCCGCUGGUGGUGCCGAUAGAAACGUGCCUCACCGCGACAUUGCCGACCUUGACGGACAACAUCAGGAAACACGGGGCAUUUUCCGGGGACGUCAUCACCAUUGAUGGAUUCCUUGAUGAUGUGCUUGUGCUGGGAUCUCUAGCGAAGCCGCGCAAAUUGACGGCACGCGGAUCGAAUGGGCAGCUCUACGGUCUCUUGAUUAAACCGAAGGAUGAUCUCCGCACCGACCAACGCCUCAUGGAGUUCAAUGGAUUGAUCAACCGGUCGUUGAAGCGCGAUACUGAAUCCAGCAAACGGCAGCUCUACAUCAGGACGUACGCCGUCACGCCUUUGAACGAGGAGUGCGGCAUCAUCGAAUGGGUUGACGGUCUGAAAACCCUCCGCGAUAUCCUCCUGGGCAUCUACAAGACACGGAACAUCACACCCAACUACGGGCAAAUCGCAGAGCUGAUGAAGCAGGCGUGCACGUCCGACGACAAUCUCCAUCUCUGGUCCGAAACCGUACUCGGCAUGUUCCCCGACGUGCUACCGGAAUGGUUCAUCUCGCAAUUCCCCGACCCAUCAGCCUGGUUUGCCGCCCGACUGCGGUACACGCGCUCCUGCGCCGUCAUGUCCAUGGUCGGCACGAUCCUCGGCCUCGGCGACCGGCACGGUGAAAACGUGCUGCUAGAGGAAGGCAACGGCGGCGUCUUCCACGUCGACUUCAACUGUCUCUUCGACAAGGGCCUGACUUUCGCCCAGCCGGAAAAGGUGCCCUUCCGGCUGACGCACAACAUGAUCGCGGCCAUGGGCAUCUACCGCUACGAAGGCCCCUUCCGGAACUGCAGCGAGCUGACGCUCAAGGUGCUGAGGCAGCAGGAGGAGACGCUGAUGACGAUCUUGGAGGCGUUUAUCCAUGACCCGACACUGGAUCUGCAGAGGACCAAGAAGAGGAAUCAUGAUGUGGUGAAGCUGAACCCGACGAGCGUGGUGGAGAGUAUCAAGCGCAAGGUUAGGGGGCUGUUGCCGCAUGAGAAGAUCCCGUUGGGCGUGGAGGGUCAGGUGGAGGAGCUCAUUAAGCAGGCGACUGAUCCGAAGAACUUGGCUGCUAUGUAUAUUGGAUGGUGCCCGUUCUUGUAGUUUGGAGUUGUAUGAUAUGGUACUGAUACAGCGUAUAGAUAAUAGACAGCGUAGUUGGAAUGUUUGUUACCUGGACGGGAGUUGUUGAUAUCAGAAGCUCUUUUUGGCUGAUAGCGCUACAAUGAGGUGCUACAGUGCUACAGCGCUGGAAGGGCAAGUAGUACAUAUGUCAAGUGCAAAGGGGUGCCAACUCACCUGCUCCUUCCUUGUGUUUCUGAUUGCACACCACUUGUGCCCUAAUAUUAACUGAUUGUCUAAAAUGAUUGACGACAAAAAUUUUUAACCUGGGCAUUUCCUCACCG